AUGAUCAGACGCUUGCUCUUGAGGAGAUAUGCUCCCAAUACGAAUGCAUCUUUCGCAAACCGAACACACAGCAUCAUCGGCAUUGAGGCUUCCGCGCUACCUCGGCGACCAGCUCUUCAGGGACACAACCCGAUGACAUUUCGAGGUCUAGCUCACAAGGGCGCCCAAUUUGCCGAUAUGCCUCAUGAAGUACCAUCGCCUGGGUCGACCAAAGGAUCGCUGUCGUUGUCCGAUAGCAUGCAGCGCUCAGCUCCCGCGGACAUUGCACGAUGGAUCUUGUUCGCCUCCGCAACCACUGUUACUUUCACGCUCAUCUGUGCAGUCGCCACGAACGAACUCACUGAACGUGCAUUGGGGUCGUCGAAGUGGGCGUUCGAUCUAUACGAGCCUGAAGUGGCAUUGGAGGAACAUCUUCGAACACACGGCAAUGCAGCGCUUCGGAUCGCUCUCCAGAACGCCUUGUAUUCCAGCACAAAACGCAUGCAGAGUGAUACGUUGGCAAUCCUCCAGAUGAAGUACCCUAAAGAAUUGAAGGAAUCCCUCCGUGUCACUUGCGAGUCUCUACUGGACCUCAUGAAGAGAAUCUUGGCAUUAGACCUGAAGGUCGCUCACCUCUAUCCUGUCUCUGCCGAUAAAUCGGCGUAUAAGAACGUUAUGUUGCCAGUCGUGACGUGUUGGCUGCUCUCCGCCUCCCUUCUUCGUACACCGCGGUCAUUCACGUUACUGACGUCGAUCAUGCGACCAGGACUCGGGUCCCGCUUCACUUGGAAGACCUGGCUUAUCAUGUUGCCCGGUAUAUUCUGUGUGACUCCUUUCAUCUUGAUUCUAGCUGAAGCAGCAUUCCUCUCGGAGAGCGAAACCUCUUCGUCAAACCUCAUGGAGGCUACGUCUGCAGGUCGAUUCUCUGCGUUUGCAUUAUCAGCCGCUAUAUGGGGUAACGUGUACCUAGCAAUCAGGAGCCGGAUCCAACGUAUCAGCCUACAAUCAUCUCGGCACAUCGCGGGUGCACGCGGUCUCUGGUCUGCUCUCGCAUUCUCCACAUUAGCUACAAUGAUCCUGCGGGACGAGGUGGGCUCGAUGUGGCAUAUUGUGGGUAUUACUCCUAUGCUGUUCAGGUAUAGUCCGGGAGGUGUUUUGUUCGGCGCUGCCUACACCAUGCCGUCUGCCGGACAGAAGGCAUUCGACACCGCCCGUCGCUGGACGUUCAACAAAGAGCGCUACCCACUUUUGGAGCAGAUGCGGCAACUGCAUGGUACGACAGCGGAGCAGCGCGCGAAGAAGAUGCGGAAGAUCACAUCUCUUACCUUCCUAAGAGCCGCCGAGGACCCUGUCCGGUCGUUACGCACCUUCUGGAGUGAGAAUCUCUCACACGUUUGGUUGUUAGUACGGCUGGAUCUCAAUGUACCACCACCCGUAAUCGAAUACGGUAUGGAGAUGAUUGAUCAUGAUCAGCUACCGCUGAAGCUUAGAACUCGGAUAAAAUAUGUGCGCGCACACCACCUUCGUUUGCGCUCGGAUGAAGAAACUGCACCCUUCACCGUCGAAGGUCCACCACGGCUUGACAUUUUGCUAUCAUUUCGCGCCGAUAAACUAUCAGACGUUGCCGUCAUCGAUGCUUCAGGACAGCUCUUACUUCUGCUUGGUAACAACGCCACCCGGUUAUGUUUGUCCCUCGAUGGCACCGUGACCUCGGAAUCGUCCAAUCCGCCGCUGAAGACCAUAUAUCACACCACUGUGCACAGCGGUACCUUGACUAUGCUUCCUUGGGGUCUGGUAUACCUUAAGGAUGGGGCAGAGCUGCCUUCACCCGCAUACUCAGUGAUGCCCUCCCUUGAUGAUAUACUUCCACACCUCGCAACGCUGGAGUACCACGGAUUCGAGCCUAUGGCUAGCGGCGCAGAUGUCGAGAUAGACCUCGAAGUCAUCGUCAACUACCUGCAGCAUCGCACGCGAACAGGAACUCUACGCGAGAUCGCGUUCUACAAGUCAAACGUCGACGAAGAAGAUAUAGAGGGAUUCAAGGAGCGGUUGGGAUGUGUGAUUAGAUGGGAUGACGUGACGCUACCCCUAGACACGGUCGAAGCAGAUGGAGAGGUCGUACAUAGAGGUCGUAUGAGAUGA